AGCUUUGUUGGUGCGGGAAAGCAAGGAGAUUGUUACAAUUGGAGAGGUCCUGCGAACUGUGAGGAAAUACAACCAUGCCUCCCAGAGAUUACGCCGCAGAUAAUGAUAAAAUCAAAACCUUUUUGAAAGAAUAUUAUGAAGAUGGAAAAGACGGUGGAAAAGAUUUCAUCUACAGCGCUCAGCUGACCAAGAUUGCUCAUCGAGAACAAGUUGCACUCACCAUCGACCUUGAUCAUGUGACAGAUUAUGACCCGGAAUUGGCCGACGCUAUUGUUGAGAACUCCCCGCGUUACACAAAACUUUUUGCUGACGCAGUGUAUGAGAUUUUGCCCGACUUCAAAGAGAAAGAGAUUAAUCACAAGGAUGCGCUGGAUGUUUACAUUGAGCACCGUCUGCUGAUGGAACAGCGAAACCACCCGGAGGGACAAAGGGAGAUAACUCGGGAUGCACGCAAUAAAUACCCACCAGAGUUAAUGAGAAGAUAUGAGGUAUACUUCAAGCCUACAUCCCAACAAAAGCAUGUGGCCAUUCGUGAUGUUAAAGCGACAAGUGUGGGAAAACUGGUGGCAGUUAAGGGUAUUGUCACAAGGGCAACGGAAGUGAAGCCAAUGAUGAGCGUGGCAACCUACACCUGUGAUACGUGCGGAAAUGAGACCUACCAACCCAUCAACUCGCCAAGCUUUAUGCCACUGAUCAUGUGCCCCACUCAGGACUGCACCACAAAUAGAUCAGGAGGUCGUCUCUAUCUGCAGUCCAGAGGCUCCAAAUUUGUCAAAUUUCAGGAAGUUAGAAUACAGGAACAUAGUGACCAGGUGCCAGUUGGGAACAUCCCCCGCAGUAUGACCAUCAUGUGUAGAGGAGAGACGACUCGACAGGUUCAGCCAGGAGACCACGUCAGCAUCACAGGGAUCUUCUUGCCAAUGGUGAAGAGUGGCUACAGUCAAAUCCAGCGGGGACUGUUGUCAGAGACCUACCUGGAAGCGCAUAGGUUGGUGAGGAUGAACAAGACAGAGGAUGACGAACUAGGUGCAGAGGAACUGACUGAGGAGGAGAUUCGACAGGUUGCCGAGGAUGAUUUUUACGACAAACUUGCCAACAGCAUCGCACCAGAAAUUUACGGCCAUGAGGACAUCAAGAAGGCGUUGUUGUUGUUGCUUGUGGGCGGAGUGGACAAAUCUCCACAAGGCAUGAAGAUCCGAGGUAAUAUCAACAUCUGUUUGAUGGGAGACCCUGGUGUGGCCAAAAGUCAGCUUUUGUCUUACAUCGACAGACUCGCCCCAAGAAGUCAGUACACAACAGGGCGUGGUUCCUCUGGUGUUGGCCUGACAGCCGCGGUGAUGAAAGAUCAGAUAACAGGGGAGAUGACCCUGGAGGGAGGUGCGCUGGUGCUGGCGGACCAGGGGGUCUGCUGCAUUGACGAGUUUGACAAGAUGAUGGACGGAGACAGGACAGCCAUUCACGAGGUCAUGGAACAACAAACCAUCUCCAUAGCCAAGGCUGGCAUCAUGACGAGCUUAAACGCACGCGUCUCUAUCCUGGCCGCGGCUAAUCCCGCCUACGGCAGGUACAACCCCAAAAAGUCUGUUGAACAGAACAUUCAGCUUCCUGCAGCCCUACUCUCCAGGUUUGACCUGCUGUGGCUGAUUCAGGACAAGGCUGACAGGGACAAUGAUCUCAGGUUGGCUCAGCACAUCACGUAUGUUCACCAGCACAACACACAUCCACCCAUCCAGUUCACUCCCCUCGACAUGAAACUCAUGAGGCGUUACAUCGGCCUGUGUAAGCGGCGUCAGCCAGCCGUUCCCGAGUUGCUGUCAGAUUACAUCACUGGUGCGUACGUAGAGAUGAGGAAAGAGGCAAGGAACAACAAGGACAUGACCUUCACCUCCGCCAGAACGCUGCUCGCCAUUCUGCGACUCUCCACUGCGCUGGCGAGGUUACGUUUGUCUGAUAUGGUGGAGAAGGAAGAUGUGAACGAGGCAAUGAGGCUGAUGGAGAUGUCCAAAGAUUCCCUCAACACCACCAACGAGAUGCACCAGAGGACUCAAAAUCCAACUGACCAGAUCUUUGCCAUUGUGCGUGAAAUGGCACCGCAAAAGGGUGUGAAAUCUGUCAAACUGGCUGACAUAAUGGAACAGUGUACGUCUAAAGGAUUCAAACCAGACCGAGUGGAUGCCUGUAUAGAGGAGUAUGAAGAACUGAAUGUGUGGCAAGUCAACCAGGCCAGGACCAAACUCACCUUUGUCUGAGGUGGUGCAAGU